AUGCGGGCUUGUAGUCACCGUUUCUUAAGGAUAACAUGUCUUUCCCGAGUUGUUAAACAGGCCACUCUUCCGACGACUGACCCAGCACCCGUGCAAGGGUUUUAUUCUUCUUUACAGUAUGACGACUUUGGUGCUUUAGAUGUCCCGGAUUUGGCUACCACGCUUCUUCCCUUUCAAAAAGAGGGUGUUUAUUGGAUGGUGCAACGAGAACGUGACCACAUUGGAGGAAUCAUGGCUGAUCACUUGGGAAUGGGGAAAACUGUACAGAUGAUUGGGUUAUGUCUUUCUUCUCAUCAUUUUAACAAAGCAAUCGAUGAAACUCAUAUUCAAACAAUGCAAUCCAAGGCUGCUAACUAUCGUUUACUGACAGUUAUUCGACAGCUACAACGCAUAAACGUUAUUGCGAAUUGUUCAAGGAUCAAUCGUCCAGCUAUGGACCUUCGAGCAUUGAUGAACAAAGUGGAGGAAAAUGCGGCUCCAAGCGAUGAAUCAAUGGACUCGGUUCGUCAGGAAGUUGAUAAAUGGCUUAAGUUUGCUAGUAAGUUUCAUCCUUCAUAUGAAAAGCGGGCAACGGCUUUUUUGUAUGAUGAACGAAAGCGAUCCUUUGAAUUAAUUGAAUCGAGGGAUCUUAGAACACUUGUUGUUGUUCCAGCGGCGCUUAUGCUACAAUGGAAAAGUGAAAUUGAAGCUAAAGUGAAACCAUCUCGAGGAUUGAAGGUUUUUUUGUAUCAUGGGAGCAACAAGGCUAUUACAAAUACAGAGUUAGAAUUGUAUGACUUUGUGAUCACUACCUACGAUACACUAACAAGCUCUGCUCAACUUGCAUUAACACCCAUAUUCGAUGAUAAAAAUAUGUCCUUUAAUCGAAAAGAGGCCGGACCUUUGUUUCAUGUCAGAUGGAAGCGCAUCAUUUUGGAUGAGGCACACAUGAUUCGUCACGCUAACACACAACGUUGGCGAGCGGUUAAAGAAUUACAAGGAUUUCAUCGAUGGGUCGUUACGGCUACACCUCUUCACAAUACAA